AUACAUAACCCAAAACCAAAUAAAUACACAACAAUGGCUAAAGCUUUUAGCCUAACGAUCUUGACCUUCCUCUUGAUAGCCUCAAAUGUGUACUCCGCUAGACUUCUCGAUGAGGUCGAACCUCAGCCGCAAUUAGUCCCUGCCACACCGGAAGAGGAGGAUGAAAAUCCACCAGUCGCAACAACAACUCCAACAACAACACAACCUCCACUACCAAUUCCCCUUCCAGGACAAGCCACGGGGGGACAUGUGCCUGUCCUAGAGUUCUUUAUGCACGACGUUCUAGGCGGGUCACACCCAUCAGCACGUGUAGUUACUGGGAUAGUAGCACAAACCGAAGUGAAUGGAAUACCAUUCUCUAAAUCCAACAACAACAUUUUUCCUGUAGAUAACGCUGUACCACUUGUAAACGCAAACAACAUCAACAAUAUAAUCAACCCAAACACGGCUCCACUCCUCACAGGACUAAGUGGCUCUCAAGCCAACACCAUCAUACAAAACACUAACGGUAACUCUCAAGGCUCCCUCAGCUCCAACAACCUUCCAUUUGUAACCGCAGGUCAACUCCCUCCCGCAGCUGCACUUCAGCAGCUCAUGUUCGGCACCAUCACCGUGGUCGAUGAUGAGCUCACUGAGGGCCAUGAGCUAGGAUCUACGAUUAUCGGCAGAGCACAAGGGUUUUAUAUAGCUAGUUCUUUGGAUGGAACUAGCCAGACCCUUUCCUUGACCGUGUUGUUCCAUGGAGAGCAUGAUCAUCACGACACGCUUGAUGAUGCCAUCAGCUUCUUUGGAGUCCAUAGGACUGCUGCUCAUGCCUCGCAUAUAGCUGUUGUGGGUGGGACUGGGAAGUUUGAGCAUGCUAAAGGGUAUGCUGUGGUGGAGACACUGCACAACCAGGAAGACCAACAUGUUACUGAUGGUCGUGAUACUAUUCUCCAUUUCAGCAUUUAUCUUACAUACUACAAAGCUUGAAGAUUAAUGUCUCAUUGUCUGAAAACUCUCCUUUACUUUAUCUGUAUGUUCUUACUAGUUUCAUGUGUGACUUUCGCUGUGUUGUGAACGUUUAAUGUAAAAAAAGUGUGUUAAAUGAGAAUCUCUAUUUUCAUUA